UCUUGAAAAACCACCCACUCUUCGUUUCGUUUUUGUUGGAAAGCCUACUUUUGCAGUUCCCAUUCUUCAACUUUUUCAACCUUGUGUUGCUUGAUUUCUUCCCUGCAUUCUCCUUUCUGACAAUGCUUUUGUUGCUUGCUUCCUUUGCUCCGCUCACUCAGUCAUUUCACUUCCAUUAACUGUUGAAAUUGCUACUUCCUUUUCCGUUGAUUUAGUCUCAGCCAUGGACCUGAAACACUAUGCGCCUAUGCAUUCCAUGUUCUAGUUCAUCUUUGUUCACUGUUUACUCUUGUAAUCUCAAAAAGCUGUUGGGUGAAGAAGGUAGAAACGAAUGGAGUUUGUAUUGAUUAUCGUUGUUCACUGUUGACCAUGUGCUGCUUGAUUUCUUGCCUCCGUUCUUCUGUCUGAUAAUCUUCCUGGUGCUUGCUUCCUUUGGUCUACUCACUCAGUCACUUCACUUCCCCAGGCUUUUGAAACUGGUACUUCCUUUUCCUGUCGUUUCCUUUGUCCAUUGAUUUAUUCUCAGCCGUGGACAAGAAACACCAUGCGCUCCUGCUUUCCGUGUUCUAGUUCAUCUUUGUUAACUGUUUACUCUUCCAAUCUCGAAAAGCUGUUGUAAAUAUAGCUGAAGAAAUUCCAAAAAGGAAAGGGGAAAAAGGUCGAGAAGGAUGGAGUUUGUAUCGGUUGUUUUUGAUAAAUCGUUGAGUGCCUUGUUGAAACCUGUUGGCCGCCAACUGGAUUACCUUUACAACUAUGGGUGCAACGUUAAUGAACUGAAGGAACAGGCUAGGAAGCUUGAAGAGCGAAGGGAGACCAUAAGUCGUCAAGUUGAAGAAGCGAUCAGAAACGCUAAAAACAUUGAAAAUCCUGUCAACAGUUGGUUGGACAAAGUGAAAACAAAUCUCAAUGAAGUCGAGUCGUUUCUGAGUGAUGGAGACCACCAGAAGACGGGUUGCUCGAAUGGUUUCCCUAAUUUGAAGUUGAGGCAUUUGCUAGGCAGAAAAGCAAAGAAGAUGAGCUCACAGUGUGGUCAGUUGCUGCAGGAGGCGAAUUUUAGUGCAAUUUCUUAUCACCCGAAGUCGGAAGCAACAGAGGCUGCUCUUAAUGAUAGUGUUUAUGUACCAUGCAAAUCAAGAGACGCUGUCAUGGAGAAAGUUAUGAAGGCACUAAGAGAUCCCACAGCUAAAAUGGUUGGUAUCUAUGGGCAGGGUGGUGUUGGCAAAACCACUUUAGUUAAAGCAGUUGGAAGGACAGCUAAGAAAGAAAAGCUAUACAAUGUUGUGGUAAUGGCAAAUAUAACAAGCACCCCUGAUGUAAGAAAGAUUCAAGGGGAGAUAGCUGACAUGUUAGGCUUAAGAUUGGAUGAUGAAAGCCUAAUUGGAAGAGCAGCUCGUUUGCGACAAAGGUUGGAGAAAGAGAAGAAUGCUCUAGUAAUUUUGGAUGAUCUUUGGGUAGGAUUUGACCUGAGCAUGCUGGGUAUUCUAUUUAAUGAUGAUGGCGAAAAUGACAUCAGUCAAAUGCCUAUCAAUGAUGUGCUUAACUCCACCCAAAACAAUUUGAAACCAGAAAAGUCUCCUGUUGAUUCAGUGAGAUGCAAGAUUUUGGUAACUUCUCGAAGCAAAGAGGUAAUGUCAAAUAAAAUGGACAUAAGGGAAAGUUCAAUUUUCUCUCUGGAUGUCAUGGCAGAAGAGGAAGCAGUAGAGUUGUUCAACAAGGUAGCUGGAGUAACUGAAGACGAUCCUGAGUUGAAAUCAUUAUCAGCCAAAAUUGCCAACAAGUGUGCAAAAUUGCCUAUGGCAAUAAUUACAGCUGGAAAGGCUUUGAAGAAUAAUAAGAGUAAAUUUGCUUGGGAAAUUGCACUACAGCAAAUGGAAAGGCAAGAAAUAGUUGAAGUGCUAAAACCCGUGGAGUUCUCUACGAAGUUGAGCUAUGAUCACAUGCAAAGUGAAGAGCUCAAGUCUUUUUUCUUACUUUGUGCUCACAUAAGUGAGGAUCCAUCAAUUGUAGACUUAGUGAAAUAUUGCAUUGGAUUAGGCAUAUUUCAAGGAGUCUAUACUGUCAAAGAAGCUUGAGAUAGAGCUAACAUAUUGGUGAGCAAGCUCAAAGCUUCAAGUUUGUUGUUGAGUACUCGUUCUUCUGGUCAUGUCACCAUGCAUGAUUUAGUUCGUGAAGCUGCCCUGUCAAUAGCAUUUAAGGAGCAAGACAUUUUUACAAUGAGAUAUGGCAAACUAGAUGAAUGGCCUGACAAGGAAAAUUUUGAAAGGUAUACAACUAUAUCUUUACACCACUGUGACAUCAAUGAUGAGAUUCCAGAAAGUUUAAAUUGCCCUCGACUUAGGGUCUUCCAUGUUGAGAAUAAUGACCCUUCCUUGAUAUUACCAGACAAACUUUUUGAAGGAAUGGGAGAACUAAGAGUAUUGAUAUUAAUUGGCAUAAAUCUUUCAAGUUUACCUUCUUCAAUUAAAGGCUUAAAAAAGCUUAGAAUGCUCUGUUUGGAGCAAUGUGUUCUAGGUGGAAACAUUUCUAUUAUAGGUGAGUUGAAGAAAUUAAGAGUUCUUAGCCUCUCAGGAUCUAAAUUUAAAAAUUUUCCUAGUGAAUUGGGGCAAUUGGGUAAGCUACAAUUGUUUGACAUCAGUAACUGUACCAGACUUCCAGUGAUUCCACCUAAUGUCAUCUCAAACUUGAUCAAUUUGGAAGAGCUGUAUAUGGAGAAUGACUUGAUCCAAUGGGGUGUUGAGGGUCAAACAAUCCCAACAGAUAUUGCUUGUCUUUAUAAAUUAUGGCAUUUGCAACAAUUGAAACGUUUGGACAUUUAUAUACAAGAUGUUGCAACUUUGCCAAGGAGCUUAUCCUAUGACAAGUUGGAUGGUUAUAAAAUUGUCAUUGGAGAUUUUGAGACAGUUUUGUUCAAGGAUUUCAUGAUGCGUUGUAUGUCUGAAGCAUCGAGAGCCUUGGCACUGCAAUUGAAAAAAGGCAAUGGCGUCUAUUUCCACAAAGGGAUCAUCAAAAUGCUGUUCAAAAGUGUUGACCAUUUGUUUUUAAGUGAACUAGAUGGUGUUUAGAAUUUUAUCAAUGAGUUAAACUUGGAAGGAUUUCCAUGCCUUAAACAUUUGACCAUUAUAAAGAACAUUGACGUUCGAUAUAUAAUCAACUCAAUGGAGUUGGGGAAGCAUAUGAUGGCUUUUCCCAAGUUGGAGUCAUUGUGUUUAUAUGAAUUACGAAGUAUGGAGAAAAUAUGUAACAGUUUGCUUACCAAGACCUCCUUCUGCAAUUUAAGAACCAUCAAGAUCAACAUUUGUUGCCGAUUGAAGAAUCUCUUCCCCUUUUCAAUGGUGGGACAUCUUACAAAGCUUGAAAUAAUUGAAGUUUCUGAGUGUGAUUCUUUGCAAGAGAUUGUUGUUGUGGAAAGACAAGAGAUUACAUGCAAUGAUGUGGUAGAAGAUAACAUUGAGUUUCCUCAAUUGCACACCUUGACAUUGCAAUCUUUACCAAUAUUGACUAGUUUGUGCACUAAUGAGAAUAUGCUUCCAAUAGGAGAUGAGCAAAGUUCCACUUGUGUUCCAGCACUCUUCAACAUGAAUGUUUCUGUUCAAAAUCUAACACACUUGAAUGUGAAAGAUUGUAAUAAUUUAAAACAUUUAUUCUCAUUGUCCAUGGUUGGGAGUCUGGGCAAUCUCCAAAGUCUUUUUCUACGAAGAUGUGUGACAAUGAAACAUAUAUUCAAGCCUAAAGGUGAAGGGGAUUGUGGUCUUCCCUCAAUUGAAGAAAAUGGAAGUCUCCGAUAUGGAGGAAUUGGAAACUUUAUGGUAUGACAAAAUUAGCUUGCAAUCGUUCUGUAAUUUGGAUUAUGUGAUUAUUAAAGACUGCAACAAACUUGUCACUAUUUUCCCAAAUUACAUGGUGGGAAGAUUUAGUAGUCUUGGUAGAUUAGAGGUUAUGAAUUGCAAGUUAGUGGAAAGAUAUUUGAUCUUGAAGAUUCAAAACAAAGAGAUGGCAAGAAAGAGACAAACUUAUGGAAUCUUUAUAUUGAAAUGCUACCAAAGUUGAAGCAUAUAUGGAGUAGAGAUCCGAAAGGAAUUCUUGAUUUCAAAAAUGUUCAAAAUGUACAUGUCAUGGGCUGCUCUGAAAUAGAAAAUGUCUUUCCAUUUUCCAUUGCCUCUGAUCUUUCAAAGCUUGAGUAUAUUCAAGUAUCUAUGUGUCCCAAAAUGGAAGAAAUCGUUACUAAUGAAGGCAGGUCAUGCAACAACUGUGCCAAGUUUGAGUUUUGUCAUCUGACUACUGUUGCAUUCGAAUGACUACCCCGACUCAUGAGCUUCUAUCAGGAAACACAUACUAUCAAGUUCUCAGCAUUGAAGCGGUUGUAUUUGUUUCGUUGUGACAGCUGAUAUCCAAAUUGGAGGCCAUGGGAAUAGGCCCAAGGGAAAUGGAGUGGCUGCAGGGCUGUGUUGUUAAUGAUGUUUAUCAAUUGCACAAUAUAAAAGCAUUUUACUUGGAUGGAUUGAGGAGUUUGGAGAUGUUAUUUUGGUUUCUUCAGAGAACUCCUAAUCUAGAAAACCUGUUUUUGGUCAGGUGUCUCAACAAAGAGAUGUUAUCUAGUGAAAGCCUUGUUGCCUACGAAAAAGUUGGGACUGUUGUACAUCUGAAGAGUUUGAGAUUGUGGUACUUUCAUGUUGUACAGAACAUAGGCUUCCUAAAUCACCCUAUUAUCCAAAGGGUUGAGCAGCUAUACCUGGUUGAUUGUUCUGGUUUGGUCACUUUAUUUCCUUCCUCAAUAUCUUUCACUCACUUGACAUAUUUGGAAGUUAGCAGGUGUACAAGAUUAAAGAACUUUAUGACACCAUCCACUGUGAAAUCAUUGGUUCAACUUAUUGGAAUGAAAGUCUCUCAAUGUGAAAUGAUGGAAGAAAUUGUGAUGGAGGAGGGAAAAGGAGCUGAUGAGAUUGUUUUCAGUAAAUUGAAAAGUCUGCAACUUGUGUAUUUAAGAAACCUCAAAAGUUUCUGCAGCUCCAAGAAUGGGCUUGCCUUUAAGUUUCCGUCCCUUGAAAAAUUGAUUUUAAGGGACUGCCUUAAGAUGGAAAAUUUCUGCGAGAAAAUCACAAGCAUUCCAAAGUUAAAGAAAGUCGAAGUUGUAGAAGAAGAGGGGGAGAAAUGGUAUUGGAAAGGUGAUCUUAAUACUACAAUCAAACAGAUUUUCAAGGAUAUGGUUUUUUUUGAAUACACUGAGGACUUGCAGCUUUUUCAACACCCUGAGUUAGAAAAAGUAUGGCAGGGCAAAGCUUUGGAAAUCUAAAAUCUUUGGUGGUGGUGAAUUGUUUCUUUCUCUCAAGUGCAUUUAUUUCCAAGUUGCUUUCUUACUUAAAGAACUUGGAAAAUUUGAAAAUAGGUUCCAGCCCAAUGGAGGUUAUUUUUGAUAUAGAUGAAUUAAUGAAAAUGAAUGCAGAUUUCUUUCACUUGAAAAUAUUGACUUUGGAUGUGCUGUCAAAUCUAAAGUGUGUGUGGAGCGAGGAUCCUCAUGGACUUGUCAGCUUUCCACAUCUUAAAGAAGUAGUUGUUAAAGAUUGUGUGAAUCUGGAAACUCUUUUGCCAGCGUCGAUGGCUGAAAAUCUAGUGAAACUUGAAAUAUCCAAAUGUUAUGCAUUGGUAGAAAUUUUUGGAAAGGAUGCAAAACCAACAUUUAAACAAAGUAAUACUUUUCAGCUGCAAAGUUUGACCUCUUUGUUUCUGUAUGAUUUGCCGAAGCUCCAGUGCUUUUAUCCUGGGAUGAGCAUUUUAGAAUGCCCCAAGUUAGGGCUUUUACGGAUUCUUAAGUGUACUAGGUUGGACGUAUUCACAUAAGAAGUUCCAAGUCACCAAGAAGCACAUGGAGAUGAGGAUGGAGUAGGAACUUCAACCCAUAGACAGCCCCUUUUCUUGAUUGAUGAAAAGGUUAUUUCCAACUUGGAGGCAUUGUGGCUCAAUAAGGAAAUGAUUUCGAUUUUUUGCCAAAGACGAUACCAUACAUACAAACUUGACAAGUUGAAAGAUCUUGCUUUGUUCUUUGGAGACAAUGAUAACGAGGAAGCAUCUACUUUGCCCUUUGAAUUCUUUCAGAAGCUACCCAAUUUAACAAGUUUUUCCAUAUGGCAUUGCAACGCACUCAAGGAGUUGUUACCCUCCCAAAAAAACAAAGAUAUUUAUAUGCUUGCAAGUGUGAGAGCUUCAUCACCAUAUUCACUAUCUUUUCUCUCUUCUGCAGUAUUGUUUUACAACUUGAAAAAUUUGCUCAUAAAUGAAUGUCAUGGGUUAGUUUUUCUGAUGCCGAGCUCGGUAGCCAAAACUUUGGUGCAACUUGAGAAGAUGGUCAUAGAGGAUUGCAAGUCAUUGGAGCAAAUAGUGUCUCCAGAGAUAGGCACAUCUGCUUCAGAUAAGAUAAUAUUUGAGAAACUAACAACCUUAACGCUAAAUUCUUUGUCAAGCCUUGUGACAUUUAGUUUAAGGAAUGUUGCCUUAGACUUUCCAACACUACAUGUUGCAACGAUAUGUGAUUGCCCGAUGAUGAAAAUUUUCUCUCAAGGAGACAUUUGGGCACCUAACUUUAUGGCAAUUCAAGCAUCACUGGACCCUUAUGAUCUGCACUACUUUAAAGAUCUUAAUUCCACAGUAGAAAAGUUGUUCUGGGAUCGGGUACGUGAUGUACAAGAUUUGAAACUUGGAGAUCACCUCGAGCUAGAAGAUGUAUGGCAUGGUGUUUUUGACAUCCCAGAAAUGGGUUUCAGCAAAUUGAAGUCUUUGGUAAUGGAGCGUUGCAAAAUUUGUCUGGUUAUUCCUUUUCAUUUACUUCCUUACCUUAGCAAUUUGGAAGAAUUGGAAGUAAGAAAUUGUGACUCUGUGAAGGCAAUAUUUGAUGUGAAAGGUUUCUCAAGGAAUGGUAUGAAGGUGAUAGAUUCAGGACCAACAUCCCCCUACUCUCUUCACUUGAAGAAAUUGAUCCUGGAAAAGCUGCCAAAUCUGGAUCAUAUCUGGAAUGAUGAUCCUCAAGGAAUCCUUAGCCUUCAGUGUCUGCAACAAGCUUGUGUUGAUGGAUGUAAAAGCAUUAAAAGUUUGUUUCCAACAUCAGUGGCCAUAGAUAAACUUGAAAAACUUGAAGUGAAAUGUUGUGAAGGAUUGGAGGAGAUCAUCGCAAAGGAUAAGACAGAGGUAACAAGUAAGGUGUUCAUCUUUCACAAUUUGAGCUCAUUGACAUUAUAGGAGUUACCUGAGCUCAAGUAUUUUUACUUGGGACUGCACCACUUGGAAUGGCCACAUUUAAAUCAACUAGAUGUGUAUCAUUGUAGCAAGAUGAGGACAUAUGCAACAGAAUUUCUUAGUCACUUGCAUGAAGGACAUUCAAUGGAUCAACAAGCCAUUGUAUUGGUUGAAAAGGUUGUCCCCAAGUUGGAAGAACUGUUAUUAAGCGAGCACGACAUUAUGAUGUUUUCACAUGAAAAGUUUGUUGAGAGCCUCUUUAAGAGUAUAAGAUGUCUUAAAUUGAUGUGUUUUCAUGGUGACCAAACAGCUUUUCCAUAUAUAUUCCUUCGGAAGGCAAGAAAUAUAGAAAAACUCCUUGUGGGUUGUAGUCGUUUCAGAGAGAUUUUCCCUUCUGAAAGACCUCAGUUUAGCUCUAUUUCACAAUCAGAUGAUUCAGAGCCCUUCACCCUUCAAGCAUUUAUUUCUGGAGUCCUUUCACAUCUGAGAGAGCUUGAACUGAAUAAUCUGCCAGACUUGAUAGCUAUAGGUUUAGAGUAUUCAUGGCACUCAAUCCCUGGUGUGCUUGAAUCCUUGCGAGUUGUGGGAUGUUCCAGUUUGAUUUACUUAGUACCAUCGACUGUAUGUUUCUCCAAUCUGGUGGAUUUGACUGUAAAUGAAUGUCAGAAAUUGGAGUGUUUGUUCACAUUCUCAACGGCCAAAAGUCUGACUUUACUCAAGAACAUAUCCAUAAGCAGGUGCGAUUCAAUGAAAGAAGUAGUAGCCGAAGAGGUUAAUCAUGUUUUGGCCAACGAAGACAUCAUUAUAUUGCACCACUUAGAGGCUCUGUCUCUUUACUCUUUACCAAAACUAGAAUGGUUUUACCCAGGGAGUUCCACUUUGAAAUUUCCAUGCUUACAUAAUCUUUCAGUGAAUGAAUGUAGCAGAAUGAGAAUUUUCUGCCCAAGAAGUCACCCAAUUGCGCCCCAAUUGCCUUGCGAUCUCAAUGAUGAAAUACAAAAGGCACAUGAUGCAAAAACUCUUAUCUGUGCGUGGACAAGCUUCAGCACUUUUUGAUCGCUUUUAGGAAGAAGAGAGAGGGCCAGAUGUUCAUCAUGGGACAUUCUUAAGAAAAUUGGAUUCGUUGGCAUUUCACACUUGGAAAAUUUUAUCCAAUGCAAUGGAUCAUAUUCUCCCCCAUCGGGAAUAUAGUGUGAUACCUUCGAGUUUCUUCCCUUGUGAAGAAAAAAAUGAACUUCUUUUAGAAGCGGUAAAGUUAUUUGAACCUGAUAAAUUGCCAAGCGAUCUAAAUGCUGGGAUGCAAGAGGCGCGUGAUACUGAAACUCUGCUUUCUCAAUGUGUACAAACUUUGUCUCCUUUGGAUUGCUCCAUUGAAGAGGACAGUAAGCCACCAGCAGAUGUUAAUCAUGGGGCAUUAUUUAGAAAAUUGGACUCCUUUGCAUUUCAUGCCAGGAACAUUUUAUCACAUGCAAUGGAUCAUAUACACCCCCCUCAAGAAUAUGAUUUCUCUUGUGAAGAAAAUAGUGAACUUCAUGUACAAGCGAUGCAGUUGUUUGGACCUUCCCAAAAGCUUCAAGAAAAUUCUUAUGAUAAUUGGUGAUUUCUGCAAGCAAUGAGUUUGAAUUGUUCAAUGUAAAGGCCCCAGAAGGUUGUUUCUGACAUCGGUGGCCAUUGAUGAACAAGCUCCAAAUGCGUUGUGUUUCAUUGUUUUUAGCUUACUACUUUUGAUACAAUGGAAGUAGCCAAUCUGUAUUCAGAUCUGAAUCACUAAGCUAGCCACUAACAAGCCAUUGUAUCGAUCAGUUGAAGAGGUAAUAUAUAUUGUUUCAUUAUUUUAUGAAGGUGGCCAUUUUUUUUCUGUGGCAUUAAAAUUGAGAGAAGGUAAUUAAUUAACUUUCUUUUAGCAUUUAUUCAAGAAACCUGAGACCUUUUCAAAUUCGCCAGUACAUUUUCAAUCUGUGUUUAUAAAGGGUAAAUGGAAGAAGGCAUGAGCACAUCCAAGGUUGCUGAGCAACAAUGUCAAGGGUGAAGGGAAGAUGAAGACUUGAUUAUAACUUGGGUCGCUGGGCAGCAAUGUCAAGGAUGAUGAACGAAAUAUCAAAUGAAGACUUGACUCACAUCAUCAGGGUUAUUGUGCAACAAUGUCGAAUCAGGAUCCUUGAUAGCAGUUGGCAAGGCAGCAUUCAAAGGCCUCAUUGCCUCAAUGUUUUCCAAUGAAUCGUUGACGAUGAGGUUGUUUCCCCUUCACUUGCCUCUACUGAAAUCUGUUUAUUAUUAUUAUUUUUUAAUUCUUGAUGUAAAACCCAAAAUUCAAAAUUGAAAUAGUUGAUUAGAACUUGUAAUAAAAUAAAGCCUCGGUAUGAUUUAGGAGAUCUAUGUUAACCUCAGUAUGAUUUAGGAGAUCUAUGUUAAAGUUAGAGUUAUGCCAUGUUAAAUCACAACAAAAUAUGUCCAGGAGAUUAAUACUACUAUUAUUACUACUACUCUUCUUUUUGAACUAUGUUAACUAUCUUUUUUAAGUAUCAACAGCUGAUAAUUCCUUGAGUAGAACAUCGUACACCAUUAAUGGUUUUUUUUUUUUUUUAAUUGGUGUUGUAGGCAUUAUAACUCUGAAAAAUGUCUAGUCCGUUGCUUGAGUAGUUAAAUAUUGGACAAGAGAGGGUUUAGGAUCUGAUUGGCUUCAUUUUUCACAUCGAAUUUUCUUCUUUAGGUCAAAACGAGUCUCAUAUUUCUGACAUUAACAUUACCUGAAUUUCUUUUAUUUUUCUCUCUUCGGGUUUUCCUUGUGAGGGCGGGUUGCCAGCGGCCCUGCAGAGAUGUGCUUUGCAAGGGCUUCCCCCUUCCCUAAUCCCCAAAGGGUUCUCCGUGUGAUAGCGAAGUGUUUAAUGGAUCUCUUUUCUCGAGUCGCGUUGGGCGAGGGCUAGUGGUAGUCUUGGUGAAGCGGGUUGGUGUGUGUGGGUCUGGGUGUGUGUGUGGAGGAAACCGAGGCGUAUUGGUGGUGGCUUGGGGAUAAUGAGGGUCUGCAAAAUGGAGGUGGGUUGCGGCUGUCAAAAUGGGGAAGGAUUGUUUGCUGGGGUUGGGCUUCGAGAGAAGAGAUCGUGGAGGUGCUCUGAUUGUAUGGGAAUGGCAGAUGAUCCUUGCUGGGUGCCACCAGAUUUAGCAAUGACCAGGUUGGUAUUGAAGCUUGGGAAGAUUAGAUCCCUGGCAAAUACAUGGAUAUCGGAGAAUAGAUUGCUGGAUGGGACGAUUGAAGAAUAACAGAGGAUGAGACGGGGGUCUUUUAGGAUGGAGGGAUUGGGAAUCAUUGUACAGAGACCAAUAUUUCAAUUAGCUCAGCUAUGAGUACGAUUCCUUAUGGUAUGACUUUCACACCUCCAUUUAUUUUGCAAUAUCUUGGACUUUUUCGAAGGAAGAGCAUUAUAGAUCUGGAUGAUUAUUUCUUGCUAAUGGUGACCCUUUUGUUCUAAGCCAUCCUCAAUCUAAAGGGAAGGCAUUUUGAUUUGGGGGUUCUUAUGGAGGGGAAGAACUUUUUUCCUUGUUCUAGUGAUUAUAAGGAACUACAUUUGCUUAGAGUUUUUCAGGAUAUUGCAAAUAUUGUUCUGUUGAUCUUAAGGUCUGGUCUGAACCGAUUUUUUUGAAUAUAGUGUGUAAGGGAACGAACUUUGUUUCAGUUUUUCCUGUGUUGUUUACCUUGGACUACUGGUGGUGGGCUUUUGUUUACUUGGUGCGGUUGCUAUUUUCAAUUUGGAGGAGGAACACGUUGGACAGGGUUUUCUUAGAUUACUCUUCUCUGAUUUGCCAUAAAUCAAGAAUUGGGCUAUAUUUUUUGUGCCAUUUGUAUUUAUAUCCAGAUGUUGCUAUGUUUGAAGAUCCUUCUGUUGGGGGUGGUCCUUGACUUGUAAAUCUAUCCAGACCCAUCUUAUGGUUGAGCUUGAUAUUUGUUUGCCUCCUAGGAGUAGCUUUGCAUGGCCUUGUCUUGGUUAUAUCUUUGCUGAUCCACUUAGGUUUAUUGGUGGAAAAGUUAAAGAUGACUUGAGGUGGAUUCCUCCUGGAAAUAAGUGCCUCAUUUCUUUAUUUGUUGAAAGUUUUGGAGGCUUUGGAUGUGUCUGCUUGUUCUCCACUUGUGCCAGCUGUUUUCAAUGCUAUGUUUUGUUCAGAAGGGAUUUGCUUGGCUCUAGUGGAUGCUUCAAAUCUUGGCAAAGCCUUGAGGUUUAGUUGCUGCAGGUAGAAUCCAAGACUUCUUUCGUUAAGCUGUAGGUUGCUUUUCCUAUACAGCUUUUAAGGGGAUGUGCUCGAAAGAUUGGGUGUUGAAGCUCCCGUCCCUUCCCAUUUUUAUCAUAGUUACUGUCUUUUUGGUGGCUAGAAUUGCUGUUUUCAGUUUCUUUUGUCCUUAUUUUUACUUUGUUUUCAGUUUUUAUACUCUUAUUUGGAUCUAUAACUUUGAUCUUGGGUUUUAACAUAA